GGGGGGUCUAUAAAAGCGGGUUCCACCUAUUCCUUCCCUCUCUUCCUGCACAGUCAUUCCACAGGCCUUUCUAUUCCCUCCCCUUAAUAAACUCCUACAGUGGGUUUUGUUGUGCCUCGUGGCUUCUCUCGAACGGUAAACAGCACCACUUAAUAAACAGCACGUAUUCCUCUUACAUACUCCAUCUACCAUCUGCUCUCGACUAUUCAAGGUCUGGCUCUUCUCAUCACCUCCACCAUCGACCCAGAGUAGAAGUCCAAGACGUGGAGUGUCCUAUGACAGACGCUGCCCAUCAUGCCUCCUGUGCUCUCCUCUGUUCUGACCCUCUUGCUGACCCAUCAACAACGACAACCUGUCAGUUCCCUGUUCGUGACCCUUACUGGCUUCCUGGUUCUCUGAGGAGUGUCAGAGGAUGUAGCCCUCACCAGCCCCACAGCAUCUCUCCUUGCCACAUCUCUGCACCUCAUCCCUGCCUUCCUUGAGAGCGUGCUUCACCUGGAGCUCCUCACCUGCCUUCUCACUGCAUGCACCCUCAACUUCAAGCCUCUGUGCCUCCCGGAAGACUCCCCGCCCUUGGUUGUUACCACCUGUCUCCUCAGCAGCAGCAGCGGACAGGUCUACGUAGGACUGAUCAGGCCAGGGGUUCAUCCUGGUGACUGGCCAGGAAGAGUGAUGGCCCAGCCUGAGCACACUCACAGACAUCUCUGGGGCUGUUGCUGCUCUGGUAAGCCAGACCAAUGGGGUUAAACACCACACUGGCUUUGGAUUAGCUUUGGCCUGGCAGAGGCAGGUGCACCAAUGUUUAACCAGAUGCUGGGAAGCUGAUGUCAGCUCAGCCCGGAGCCGCCCAGCCGGGUUUUCUGUGGUCCUCUGCUUCCUGGGCUUUGUGCUGAGAAAAGGCUGAGCUAUUGAGAGACAGAGGGUGUGUGCCAGAAGAGCCUAGUUCUUUCUCUGGCUCUGUGGCCUUGGCUGAGUCCUUCCCACCCCUGAUUUGUGUCUCGCUGUAACAAAGAAUGGUCUUGGUGGUCCUCUGGAUCCCUCCCGAAGAGACUACCUAAAAGCAAGCGAGCCUUAGGCUCCAGAACCCCCUAGCUAGAAUGCCCUGGCAUGGGACUUUCCCCACCUCACAGGGUGGGGUGGGUAAAUCUUUAACUUGCUAGCUCUGGGUAGGCUGAAGUCUUUCUGGAUGACUGGUUGUGGGGGAUUAGGGAGGAGGAUGUAAGGUGUGUGUGUGGACAGUCCCGCUGUGGUGAAGAGGGGAUACUGGAAAAGGAAAGGAAUCGUGCAAAACAGGACAUGGAGGAACGUGGGUCUCCUGACGGAGACCCAGCACGGAGCCUGGAGCAGGGGCCAGAAGGACCAGAAACCCCCAUUCAAGUGGUGCUCAGGGUGCGUCCCAUGAGCACGGCAGAGCUGCGUAGAGGGGAGCAGAGUGUUCUGCACUGCUCAGGGACCCGGACUCUGCAGGUGAGCCCCCCAGGUGGCGGCCCCGACGUGGCGUUCCGCUUCGGCGCGGUACUGGACGGGGCACGCACGCAGGAGGACGUGUUCAGGGCGUGUGGCGUGAAGCGCCUGGGCGAGCUGGCGCUGCGCGGUUUCUCCUGUACGGUCUUCACUUUUGGCCAGACGGGCUCCGGGAAGACUUACACUCUGACAGGACCUCCUCCGCAGGGAGAAGGGGUGUCCGUACCCCCUAGCCUGGUUGGCAUUAUGCAGAGGACCUUCGCCUGGCUAUUAGAUCGCGUGCAGCACCUGGGUGUCCCUGUCACCCUCCGAGCCUCCUACCUGGAGAUCUACAAUGAACAGGUUCGGGACUUGCUGAGCCGGGGGUCUCCGCGGCCUCUGCCUGUUAGGUGGAAUAAGGCUCGGGGCUUCUAUGUGGAGCAGCUUCGGAUGGUGGAGUUUGCUAGUCUGGAGGCCCUGAUGGAGCUCCUGCAGAUGGGCCUUAGCCGCCGUCGGAGCUCCUCACAUACCUUGAACCAGGCCUCCAGCAGAAGCCAUGCCCUGUUCACGCUCUAUGUCAGCCGCCCAACUACUCAGCAGGUACCUGCUGUGGAUGCUGGGGAGUCUCCUGUCGGGGGAAAGCUGUGCUUCGUGGACCUGGCAGGCAGUGAGAAGGUGGCGACAACAGGAUCCCGAGGGCAGCUGAUGCUCGAGGCCAAUAGUAUUAACCGCAGCCUCCUGGCAUUGGGCCACUGCAUCUCUCUGCUGUUGGACCCACAGAGGAGGCAGAGCCACAUUCCCUUCCGAGACAGCAAGCUCACCAAGUUGCUGGCAGACUCACUUGGGGGCCGUGGGGUCACCCUCAUGGUUGCCUGCGUGUCCCCUUCAGCCCGGUGCCUUCCUGAGACUCUCAGCACUCUGCGAUAUGCAAGCCGAGCUCAGAGGGUCACCACCCGACCACAGGGUCCCAAGUCCCCUGGAGUAAAGCCACCCCAGCCAGGAGAGGCUGAGCUGUUGCAGCUCCAAGAGGAGAAUCGUCACUUGCGGUUCCAGCUGGAUCAAAUACAGACCAAGGCACCAGGGAUCCAUGGGGCCCGGGUGGCCUGGGCCCAGCAGAACCUCUAUGGGAUGCUGCAGGAGUUUAUGCUGGAGAAUGAGAGGCUUAGGAAGGAAAUGAGGCAGCUGCAGAGCAGCCGGGACCUGGCCCGGGCAGAGCAGCACGUCCUGGCCCAGCAGGUCCAUGAACUGGAGAGGCACCUCCUUUCUGCUUGUUCCCUUCCCCAGCAGGGCUCUGCCCCUAUGUGCCCCGGCUCGAUGGGCCCAGCUGCCUCCUGCCAUGCACUGCCACCCCUCUGCUUCUGCUGUCACACCUGCCCUCUGUGCCGAGUAUCCCUGGCCCACUGGGCCUGCCCACGGAGAGAGUGCCAUGUGCCACAGCAGGUGCUAGAGCCCGAGGCCCAAGGUCACAUGUCUCUGUCUGCUCGGCUCCCACCCUGGGCACCUGCACCAAGUCCUGGCUCUUCCAAGCCCCCACGAGAGAGGAGCCACAGUGACUGGACACAGACCCCAGUCCUGGCAGAGAUGCUGACAGGAGAGGAGGUGGUACCUUCUGCACCACCCAUGCCCACCAGGUCCUCGAACAUGCCACCAUGCUGAGGAGGAUCUGGGAUCCUGAACCUGACCCAGAGGCCGGAGGCCCUCACACACUAGAUCAACAGCUCCCUGAACCUCCACGGGAGUCAGCCACAGCCCAGCGAGAGCGUGAAGAGCCCUGAGCAAGGCCUCUCUUCUCUUUAAACGCUGCCAGACUGGCUCUGCCCACUGGGCCUGCAUCUCUGUCUGUUAAUGGGAAAGAAAUGUUGCUGGGUAGAGCUGGGGGAUUGUAAGGUAGUACAACCCCCCCCACCAGGCUUUGAACCUGAGACUGGGUUCAAGAGACACUGGAGUGGGUGGGAGUGUCUGAAUAAUGGGGCUGGAGAGAUGGCUCGGCGGUUAAGAGCACUGGCUGCUCUUGCAGAGGUCCUGAGUUCAAUUCCCAGCAACCACAUGGUGGCUCACAACCAUCUGUAAUGAGAUCUGGUGCCCUCUUCUGGCCUGCAGUCAU